AUGCCAGCCAUGAUCGAGAAGGGCCCAGAGGUCUCGGGGAAACGGCGGGGCAGGAACCACAACGCUGCCGGCGCGAAUAAUAACAACAACGGUGGUAGCAAAAGUUUAUCUGCCGCCCCCAACGGCAACAGCAGCGGCAACUCCUGGGAGGAGGGUAGCUCGGGGUCCUCCAGCGAUGAGGAGCAUGCUGGCGGCGGUAUGAGGGUCGGGCCGCAGUACCAGGCGGUGGUCCCUGAUUUCGACCCCGCCAAACUUGCAAGGCGAAGUCAAGAAAGAGAGAAUCUCGGCAUGCUGGUCUGGUCACCUAACCAGAAUCUGUCUGAAGCAAAAUUGGACGAAUAUAUUGCCAUUGCUAAAGAGAAGCAUGGAUACAAUAUGGAGCAGGCCCUUGGAAUGCUGUUUUGGCACAAGCAUAACAUUGAGAAGUCUUUGGCAGAUCUGCCAAACUUUACUCCAUUCCCAGAUGAGUGGACAGUGGAAGACAAGGUCUUGUUUGAACAGGCCUUCAGUUUCCAUGGGAAAACCUUCCACAGGAUCCAGCAGAUGCUUCCUGACAAAUCAAUAGCCAGCCUGGUGAAAUUUUACUACUCCUGGAAGAAGACAAGGACUAAAACUAGCGUGAUGGACCGUCAUGCUCGUAAACAAAAAAGGGAACGUGAGGAAAGUGAGGAUGAAAUGGAGGAGGCGAAUGGAAAUAAUCCUAUUGAUAUUGAAGUUGAACAAAACAAGGAGAGCAAAAAAGAGGUGCCCCCCACUGAAACUGUUCCUCAGGUGAAGAAGGAGAAGCACAGUACACAGGCCAAGAACAGAGCAAAGAGGAAACCUCCCAAAGGAAUGUUCCUUUCCCAAGAAGAUGUGGAGGCUGUUUCUGCCAAUGCAACAGCUGCUACCACUGUACUCAGACAACUGGACAUGGAACUAGUCUCAAUCAAACGGCAGAUUCAGAAUAUCAAGCAGACCAACAGUGCACUCAAAGAAAAGCUUGAAGGUGGUAUAGAACAAUACAGACUUCCAGAGGUCGUUCAGAAAUUUAAUGCACGUUGGACCACGGAUGAGCAGCUUCUUGCUGUGCAAGCAAUCAGGAAAUAUGGCCGAGACUUUCAGGCAAUCUCUGAUGUGAUUGGAAACAAAUCUGUGGUGCAAGUGAAAAACUUUUUUGUAAAUUAUCGACGUCGUUUCAACAUAGAUGAAGUUCUACAGGAGUGGGAGGCAGAGCAUGGCAAAGAGGAGACAAAUGGAACCAAUAGUCAGAAGCCCAUAAAAUCCCCUGAUAACUCCACUAAAAUGUCUGAAGAGGAAGAUGAGGCUACUUCUGUUCUUGAUGUCAGAUAUGCAUCUGCUUCGUGAGAAGGUGCUGUAGCCUAGAACAAUUUGUGUUGACUACUGUGUUAUCCAGGAUAUCAGGUAUUAGCAAACCUCAGACAGCCAUCUGCAUCAUAUCUGUGGACAAGCA